AUGAAGCGACUCCUCUGGGGUUUCCUGCUUCUCCUCGGAGUCGAGAGUAUCUCGUAUCGAUGCGAGAACAACCAAGUACUCAUCGUGCAGAACUUUGGGAACGAUACGAUUCGAAUGCACUGUCAGCGAUUGAAUAUUUGUGGAUUCGACAAUUUGGUAUGUUAGUUUUGUUCUUACGGAGCCUAUUUGGUGUUAGUUACAUAGUCUAGAAUUAGCGUAAUAUUGAAAAAGAAAGGUUUUGUGAAAGAGUCCCCCUACUCUUUUUGUACUCUAAAUGAAUUUAUAUUGUUUUUACUUUACCUCCAAGCCCAAUUUGCAUUUCUCUUUGUCUUAAAAACAGUAAAUUACUCGACUUUUUAAUAACCCCCCCCCCGAUUCAUAUUAAAAAUGACCUGGAUAUUAAGCAGUAUUGUAAUCCCUAAUGGUCUUACUAGUAAUUAAAUCUCCGCUUUUCGUAUCCUUGAAACGUAACUCCGCAGUAAUUUUACGAUGUUUUUUCUUUCUUUCAGAACUGCGAAUACGAACAUCAACAACAUACGUGCGGCGGGAAAUACAACUUUGUCGCGCAUGUUAAUCAGGGCACCACUACUGGACCGUGAGUUGUUGAUGCAUUAAAAUAAGCAAAAACAUCUGUAUACGAUAACUUAUUCAUAAGAAAAUCACUUUAAAUUUAUAUACAAUCAUUUUGACCUUUAAAUGUUACUUAAAUAACAAAAAGUAAGCAAAAAUCAUAUAAAAAGCCUACAACAACAUCAAGAUCUUCCCAAUUUAAUAUUUCUGUUUCCCUCAAACUUUUACAAAUGUUACAUAACAAGCUAAUAAACAUUACACAGGAUAAUAAGAAGAUUACAGAGUAGAACACACAUGUUGUCUUCUGAAGCAAAAGGAAGAACAUCCAUCGUAUGACAACGAUUGCUUCGUCUACGAACUGCCAGACGGCUCUCAUGCUGGAGACAAGAAGAACAGCACCAAAAACGAUGACGGCAUCACCGUGCUCAAAAACGCCAAUCAGAUUCCAGAACAAUUCGACGGCUACGUCGGCUACAGAAUGCGGCUGUUCAUGUUGCGCAACAAGUCGCCACCAACUCUGAUUGUCAAGGCUAUUGAGAGAGUUCCGUAAGUUUUUGUGUUACAGUAGGUUUGAAUAACCAAAAAUUAUGUUACAGUAGGUUUAAAUAACCAGAAGGUUCAGUACGAUAGUAUAGUAAAUAUAUAUUGUAACAUAAGUAUAUUUACAAAGAUGGUAAGAACAGUGUAGAUAUUGUAUCUUCACAUAACUCUUAUCAGAUGCUUAUAAUGAUAUUUCAGAGCCGGCUACCGUGUCACGAUCUGUCGUCCACGUUGUGGCAAGUUUGCCAACGAAGGAGUGGGAGAACAGAUUACUGUAACCAAAGAACAGGAUACCAAGGUUCCAGAAGGCGACGAUGAAUGGGCCGCUGCUGCUUGGAGCUCCUGGCAAACUUCUACGUGAGUUUUGAAUUUAAAAACUUUAACCAUACCGUUCUUAAAACUUAUUAUAUCUUCAUCAGUAUGGGCAUAAAACAAUAUCAAAAGAAAAUAAAAGCCCCUUUAAAGCGUUCUUUUCAUACUGUAAUUUCAGCUGGAGCACCUGGAGCAAGACCACCUGGAGUGCAUGGGAAGAGGCCUCAGGAGAGAACAGCAGCGGAGUCAGAACCCGAGGUCACCGUGUUGGCCACGAUUCCGAAUCCUCCGGACCUUUGGCCACAGCUGCAGCCAGUGCCAAGGCCGAGAACGGCCAAGAUGCCAAAGCUUCAGCGAACGGCAACGGAGGCCAAGCUCCAAUCAUCAACAACCACAUCCACGUCAACGCUGAAGGCGGCAAGGGUGGAGAAGGAGGUCACGCUACCAUCCACCUGCCAGAGGGCAGGACUACCGACAACAACGGUAUAGCUGCUGACGGUAGAAGUGGAAGAUUCGGGCCAGCCCACAGUGACAGCGACUUGGGAGGCGAUGGAUGGAACUUCACUCCAGAUGAGGAGACUCACGGUAAACGCCGAGGCAAGAAGCCAAAGAACGGCCGAAAGCACAGCAAGUACGGCGACGACGACGAGAACGAUGACGACUUGACUGAUGACGCCGAUAAAUCAGAAGAACUCAGCGGAAACAAGAAGGAUAACAAAACCAGAAACAAGGAUUCUGAAAGCGAGAAUGCUGGAGAAACUUCCAACGUUUCGAAGAAAAGAAAGGGCGACAAAUCCCCAUCCGGAAAGGGCGCUGAUAAGAGUGAUAAGAAACACGGAAAGGACGAAGAUGACAACGGGGAUGACGACAACAACGGCGACGAUUCAGACGCCAACACUGUAGCCGGAGACGAUGGAAACAAUGGCAAAGAUGGUGAAGAUGGCCAUGGUAAGAGUGACAGUGAUUCUGAAGCACCAAAACCUGGAGCCAAGAACCAAAAGAAAGGCAAAAGCAACAAAAAGAAACCACAAUCGACCGGUAAUUCCAAGACUGUUCACGGUAAAGACGGCAAAGAUGGUAAGGACGGUGUAGACAGUGAUGGAGGAGAUGCUCAGAAGGCUGAUACUGAUGACGAAGAUGCUAACAAGCCAGAUACCGAUGCUGAAGAGGAGGGAGGCUACGGUAAGAGAAAAAAUGGCAAGAACGGCAAAAAUGGAAAAGAUAACGGAAAGAACGGUAAGGACGGCCAAGAUGGAGCUGACGCUGAUUCCAAUGGUGACAACGAUAAGAAAGCUAAACCAUCAAAGCACGGUAAAGGAAACGGAAAGAACGGCGGCAAAAGUGGAGCCAAAAAGCCAAAAGAAAGUGGUAAUGGCGAGGAAGAUGCAAAUAAAGAGGCUGGUAAAGCAAAAGAUAGAGAACAAGAUGGUAGUAAUGGAGCCAAUGACGGAGCCAAUGAUGCAGCCACAAACGGAGAUAAAGAUGGAGCUGAUCACAGACCAGCCGAUGGAAAGAAUGGCAAAAACAGUGCCAAGAAAAGUCCCAAAAAAGCUGGCAAAACUGGAGCCAAAAGCACCGGAAUUGAUAAGAAGAACGAUGGAGAGAACGAUGGAAAAGACGAUGGCAAGAACGGACAAGAUGGUGCUGUCGAUGGAAACGACGCCGCCAAGAACGGCCAAAAGAACGGCGGUAAGGACGGUAGCACGAAAGGAAAGAAGGACAACAAGAAACCAGCCAAAACAGAAGGCAAGAAGAAGGAUUCGGAAGAUUCUGACGCUGGCGACGACAACGCCAACAAGAACGACAAGUUAAACAAGGGCGACAAGGACACCAAGACCAAGAAACCAGGUAAUGACAAGAACAAGAAGAAUCAGAAGGCUGCUACUGAAAAGACCCACGAUGGAGAGUCCGAUGACAAGAAGCACGGUAAAGAUUCCGACGCUGCAAAGAAACACGGUGACGGUGCAAACGCCGGAAAGAAGAAGGGAUCUGAGUCAGAUGCAAAGAGCAAGUUCAAAGUUGACGGUGGAAAGGAUUCAGAAGCUUUGAAGAAGAAGGGACGACUUCAGACUCACGACGAAUUCCAACCAGGCCCAGAAGACGGUGACGAUGACAGCUCGGAGACCAUCAAGUGGGACAGCACUGAAGCUGACAAGAACUCAGAAGAGAAGGACGGUGGAAAAGAUGGAGAUUCUGAUAAAUCAACCACUACAGAAGCCCAAGAAAAGAAGUCAGAGACAGCCGAAGGCAAGGCUACUGGAGACGGUGAAGCUACCGGAGAAGCCGGUGCAAAUGGAAACGGCAAAGCCGAUUCUGACGGAGAAAAGACAGCUGACGGUGAGACAGAAGGCAAACCAAAGGAUUCAGAUGAAGACGACACUACCGACGAAACCACCUUGGCUUCUGGAGGAAAAAGAAACCAAGUAGCCGGUCACGAUGCUGGAGAUUCUGAUUUGAAACAAAUUGGAACAGACGGUGGCUUCAAGCAAGGAGGAGACGACAGUGAAGCCAAGAGCAGUGAACCUGGAAACAGUGCCGAGAAGACUUCAGAUGCCAAGAAAGAAGGCGACAGUCAGGAGAAGGCCAACGACGGUGAAGGUGAAAAGUCUCGAGAAGGCUCCCGUUACGCUGGAAUCAUCCGUGAAACGAAGCCGGAUUCAAGUGAGAGUGCCGAAAAGGACAGCUUAGAAUCCACUAGCCCCGCAUCUGAAACCACUUCUGAAGGCGGAUUCGUCGUGGAAGUGAAUGCUGGAGUUGGUACCAAGUCUGGAGAGCACAGUAGCGAGGAAGCUGAACACACGCUACAGCAUAGUGGGUCCGGAGACUCAGAGCACAGUGGAUCUGGAGACAGUGAGCACGGCGACGGAGGCUCCAGUGGAGGCGGAUCUCUGCCAUAUUGUGAUGAACUGGACGAGAUCGCUGCUGAUGCCAGUGGAGAAGAGUUGAGUGGAUCCAGUGGAGAAGGUUCAGGUGAGGGUCAAAGAGUCUCGGAAGCUUCCGGAAACACUGAAGGAACUACUGAAAGCAGCCAGAUCGCUACCGAAAAUGGAGCUACUGAAGCAGGUUCAGACUCCACUGAAAGUGCUACUGUAGCAGCCAACGAAGACGACGCUCCAGUAACUUCACAAACCUCCCAAGAAUCCUCUGAAGCCACUCCGGAAUCCUCAGGAACCCCUCAAGAAACCUUGGGCACUGGAUUCGCUGGAAUCAUCACAGAAUCCAGCGGCGAAGAAGAAGGCUCGGCUGUGGAACAAGGAAGCGGCGAACAGCUGCUGAAGACCACCGUCACCACCAAGAAGUGCCGAAACCGACCAGCACCAAAGAAGAAGAACAACAAGAAGAAGAGGAAGCACGGUAGAAGAGGCCGUAUUCACAGUGCCAAACAGCACACUCCACCCCGUGACCCCAACGUGCUUCAAUGGCAAGAUUCCAACGGCCCUGAGGGCUUCGCCAACCCGAUGAGAUCGUGCUUCAGUGGAGACACUCUGGUUCGUACUGUCACCGGAGACAAGCCAAUGAGUGAGCUACAAGUUGGAGACUAUGUUCUGGUACCUAGUGGAGACAACACCAUGAAGUACGAGAAGGUCGAGUUGUUCUACCAUCGUGAACCUGAGACCACCGUCAAGUUCAUUCAACUGAACACGGAGUCCGGAAAGACAUUGUCAUUGACUCGUAAGUUGGUUUACUUUCCGAGGAUACCAUUAGAAGCUGUGAUAUAUAUACUAUGUAAAAGUAAACUAUAGACUAUAUUAACCUAUAAUAUUGGUCAAAAAGUCCAUAGAAUAGACUGUGUUAAAGACCGUAUACAAAGUAAUAAGCCUUAGUGGUGUCGACGAUCUAAAGCAUGAUAAUAUUUCAGAAUUGCAUUUACUGCCAUUCGGAGACUGUGAAGAGAUGGAAGAGAGUAUUCAAAAGGGAGAUGACACAGACGAAUGGAUCAGAAAGUCCAAGUUCUCCUACAAGGCCCAGCAAGGCCAAUGUGUGUUGUCAUUGGAUUCAGAAGGCCGUGUGACAGCCGACAAGAUCGUCAAGGUAUAGCAAUAAUUUAGAAAAGUUACAGUAUCUUAGCAAUUCUUUAGAAUAGUUACAGUAGUUUCGCACAACUAUAGAAAAGGUACCUUUACAAAAACCGAUUAAUAAGUUUAAAAAGAGCACGUUAUCAUAGCCAUAGCCAGCUUUGCAAGUUUACAAUGUAAAACAAGUUACCUUAUAAUAAGAUCCUUAUGAUAAUACCCAAACUCAACUUACGAUUUGCAGGUCGGACGUCGCUACUCCAAAGGCAUCUACAGUCCGGUUACUGUAGAAGGCGCCAUCGUGACCAACGACAUUCUGUCCUCGUGCUUCUCCCAACUCGAAAGUCAUUCGGCUCAGAAGAUGGCAUUCGACCUGUUGAUUCGUAUCUACAACGUGUUCGGAUACCUGAAAGGAGCCAUGCAUCAUACUGUACAGGACGUGCCUAUCAUGUUGGACUACGUACAUAAACUCAGCUGGCAUGUACUGCCUUUUGCCAAGUACUAG